AUGGGUACUACCCCGAAGGGAAAAUCAAAGAAAGAUGAAUACAAGCAACGCUUAGACGCCGCUAAGGCUAAGGAAAACGAGAAGAAAGCCAAGAAAGCUCUCACAGCCAACAAGAAAGCCAAAGCCGCAGCGAAAAAAGCAGAUGUGGAGAAGGAGAAUGAGAUAGAGGUUGGAGAAGUAGGACCGGUUGUCAAAAGGAAGCGGCGGUCGGCCACUGUCAUAUGGUCUAAACGCGUGUACUUCUACGUGACGGAUCUCUUGCUGACUAUCAUCGAGGAGAGUACGAGAUACCGCCAAGCCUUCGGGUUUUCCACCGAGGGCAACAUCAAUAGCAAAGGACUUACUGUGAAGGAUGUCUGCAUCGAAAUUGCGCAACACCUUUUCUUUGCCCAUCUGUUGCUCAUUGACAAGCAAAAGGCUGAGCACGAAGCAGCUGUCAAACGGGGAGUUUCCGAGGAAGAUGCCCCUGUUGUGUCCUCGGAGACGGACGCAUAUGAGAUCUCUGCAUUGGGUGCUGCGGGGCGAAUUGACGGCAACGAGCUUCUACCUCCAUUUGCACUCUCCGACCUUGAGGAUCUCGGAACAGCGUCAUCAUGUAGCCUCAAAACCUCGUUCACCAGGAAUGUCAACAAACUCGGCUCGACAGGGUACGGUCUGAUUGACGCUGGCAAGGAGGCUGAGAUUACGGAAGGUUCGUCUUUAGCGAACGUCUGGGGUAAGGCUGGGUCCGAUUUUCUUGUUCUCUGUACUGAAGGCACACCAGAGGAGACUAUUACCGGCUUCCCCUGGUUUCUCCGCAUGAACGAGCUCACUAGGACCAAUCCGACCUUCAAUCGGACCGCUGUGGCUAACAGUUCGACACCUGUCACGCUCGACGUUCUGAGUCGUGAUAAGGCCAAGGAGGUGUCCGACGAGCUCAGCAACUCCGGAACCGAGGAACCACUAACAGAUUGGUGCUCUAGUUCGCCUCUUGCCUCACCAGCCAACCCUUUGCCUCAAUACCAGCGAUUCGACGAGCUCACAAGCUCUAGCAUUGAAGACGAAGAUACUCUGCCAGAGAACAUUCCAGCAACUCCAACUCCAGCAACAGCAUCGGGGUCUCGCACCCAAGCCAAGGACAAAUGCAAACCCGUCCAGAAAGAAACUUCAAGCUCAUCGGCAUCCUCCGGUUCUUCGACGCCACGUGGAACAAAGCGCAAGGGCGCUGCUGGCAUGGUCGAUUUCGUGCAAGACAUCAGUAGCCGCUUCACAGAAUCCCGACUGAAGAUUGUGAAGAUGCAGGAGAAGACGAGGAAGGAAGAGAAUGAGCAGAGGUAUGACUAUCUGCUUGCUCGAAUGGCUCAUGAGCAGAAAGAGAACGAGGCUCGCCGUCAGCAUGAGAUGGAAAUGAUGGAUCGCCAGAUCCGCUUGGAGGAGCUCCGUCGCAGUGCUGUCGUGCCAAGCACAUUUGAUGCUUAUGGACCUGGCGCACCUGCCGGAGGAGCGCCACCUCCAAUUGAUCCACGUCUCCUGAAUAUGAUGUAG